GGAAAUAGAGAGUUUCUAUCUGCUCUGGUCUGGCCUACACCACUUGAAUGCUUUCAUCUCUUGGAACAAAUGCCGACGCUUAGAACUAGAAAUCCAUCCUUAUGACGUUCACAAUCACAAAAACGUAACGAAACUUUACGUCUAGUGAGAGAAACGUGGAUAAUUUAGAGAGAGAUGGAGACAAAUUUAUAAAGUGUUGUGGGAUCAACGUUUCCUUUACCUGCACUAGUUUAAUUUCUGUCUCACAUCUGAUCCACAAAUUAUAAUUCACUCCUUUACCCUACUCUUCAAUCGGGCUGAAAAUGGGGUUGAUUUCCGGGAUUUUAAUGGGGACGAUCUUCGGGAUCGUAUUGAUGGCUGGAUGGCGGCACAUGAUGAGGUACCGAAGCACCAAGCGAGUUGCAAAGGCAGUUGAUAUUAAACUUCUUGGGUCACUCAACAGAGAUGAUUUGAAGAAAAUCUGUGGUGACAAUUUUCCUGAAUGGAUAUCAUUCCCUGCGUAUGAACAGGUGAAAUGGUUGAACAAGGAAUUGAGCAAAUUAUGGCCGUUUGUUGCAGAUGCAGCAGAAUUGGUGAUAAAAGAAUCUGUCGAACCUCUACUGGAAGAAUAUCGACCUCCAGGAAUUACUUCAUUAAAGUUUAACAAGUUGUCUCUUGGCAAUGUGGCACCCAAAAUUGAAGGUAUCCGUGUUCAGAGUCUUAAGGAAGGUCAAGUUACAAUGGAUAUUGAUUUCCGUUGGGGUGGUGAUCCAAGCAUCAUUUUAGGUGUUGAAGCUGCACUUGUUGCUUCAAUACCGAUUCAGUUGAAAGACCUUCAAGUUUUCACCGUUAUUCGUGUUAUCUUUCAACUCGCUGAAGAGAUACCAUGCAUUUCUGCUGUUGUCGUUGCUCUACUUUCUGAGCCAAAGCCAAGAAUUGAUUAUACUCUCAAGGCUGUUGGUGGAAGCUUAACAGCCAUUCCUGGAAUUUCGGAUAUGAUUGAUGAUACUGUGAAUACAAUUGUCACAGACAUGCUUCAGUGGCCCCAUAGGAUUGUUGUCCCAAUAGGCGGUAUACCUGUUGAUACAAGUGAAUUAGAGCUUAAACCACAGGGGAAAGUUACAGUUACAGUAGUGAAAGCGAAUAAUUUGAAGAACAUGGAAAUGAUUGGAAAAUCUGAUCCUUAUGUGGUUCUUUAUAUUGGGCCACUAUUCAAGGUUAAAACACACGUGGUUGACAACAACCUGAAUCCUGUUUGGAAUCAAUCAUUUGAGUUGAUUGCUGAAGACAAAGAGACACAGUCAAUUGUUUUUGAGGUUCGCGAUCAGGACAUUGGUCAAGAUAAGAGAUUGGGAAUAGUAAAAUUGCCUUUAAUUGAGCUCGAAGCGGAGACUCCAAAAGAGUUUGAAUUGAGACUUCAACCAUCACUUGAUAUGAUGAAAAUAAAAGAUAAGAAGGACAGAGGAACCAUUACCGUAAAGAUAUUGUACCAUGAAUUUAAUAAAGAGGAGCAGUUGGCCGCACUAGAAGAAGAGAAGAUGAUCCUGGAACAAAGAAAGAAACUGAAAGCAGAAGGUGUUAUUGGGAGUACGAUGGAUGCGCUUGAUGGAGCAGUUGGUGUGGUUGGUUCUGGAGUUGGGCUUGUCGGAUCAGGCAUUGGUGCUGGAGUUGGGCUUGUUGGAACUGGAAUUGGUGCUGGAGCGGGGCUUGUGGGCAGUGGUGUUGGUGCUGGCGUUGGAAUCGUUGGGAGUGGUCUUGGGGCUGUAGGCAGCGGCUUGAGCAAAGCAGGAAAGUUUAUGGGCAGGACUAUCACAGGGCAAUCCAGCAAAAAGAGUGGCAGCAGUACUCCAGUGAAUAGCAUCCAAGAAAAUGGUGGUGCAAAGCCAUUACAGUGAAUAGCUAUGGAAAGUAUGUGAAUUUGAAUUUGUAGUUAUCUUAUUUCCUUGUUAGUUUCUGCAAAUGCUAUUCUUUCUAUGAGCGUGGGAAUUGGUUGCAUAAAAAUGUUGGUAUUCUCCAACUUAACCCGAAUUAUCUUUUCUUCUGUUUCGGUCAUUGUAUAAUUGUAACUUUGAAUGUGCAAUAGAUCUUCAAACAUUGUACAAAACUCUGUUUGUUAGUCCUAAAUCCCGUCAUUUGUUUCUGAUUCCUAAA